CCGCAAGUUUUUCUACGAUCGGAUCGGACCAUAAAUGAUCCACACCGACUUCAUUUACAAAUUUCCAAUUGUAGAUUGGAUUUGGAUCCGUUCAAACCCUACCUCACGCUCUCCUUCAUCGUGCUCGUCCUGUUCUUCACCGGGAGUUCGCAAAAAAUUAAUUUAGCUUUGGAAGAUAUGAAUUGGGUUCAGCGCAAGAUCUACCUUUACAACGUGACUUUUGGGCUUUAUAUGUUGGAUUGGUGGGAGCGUUGUACUUUCAAUAUUUUGGUGAUAGUGUUGAUGUGGUUUGUACUACGAUAUAUUACUGAGUUCUUCUAAAGGUAUGUUCGCUGAGAAGCAAAGUCAUUCUCACGGGAAGAUGCCAAUGUAGAUAGUUACCUAGGGAUUUAAAUUAGUUGCAGCCGGGUGUUUGGGAUAACUAACUAGGGAAUAGCUUGUAGCAGUUUGAUAUGGGCUGACAAGGAAUUUCUUUAAGCUACCAAAAAAUAGCGCUUCUCCCUCCAUAUGCAGGAUCAAUUUCACCGUGCGAAUUUGCCCCCUGUGGUGGAGGCAUCAUUGUCUUGGUUAAAAGACAUCAAUCUGCCAGGAUAGGACAACGUAGUGGUAACAAAGCCACGUCGCUUCUGACACCACCGAUUUCCAUUCGGCAUCCACACAAGUCAGUCACCACUGGCAAGUGUGGACGGCUAGAUGCUACCUUAUAAGCUGGGAAAGGGGCGCUGCAAAUUCCUAUGUGGAGAUGAA